AUGGCGGCGGCGGGAGGCGGCGCGAUGGUGGUCUCGGAGUCAGGUCAUAUAAGCGCAAGCGGAGGAGCGAUGGGCGUGGACAAGAAGGAGAAGGAGCUCAUAAAUAGGAAGAAGGCGCCGAGAGCCGCAAGAUCAUCUGCGCCGCGCCAAGCAAGACGCCCAGAGUACAACGCCUGUGAGAAGGAGCUUGUGCAGCUCAAGCGUGAGGCCCGGCUAAAGGGUGGGUUCUAUGUGAGCCCAGAGGCCAAGCUUCUAUUUGUGGUCCGCAUCCGUGGUAUCAAUGCCAUGCACCCCAAGACCCGCAAGAUCUUGCAGCUCCUUCGUUUGAGGCAGAUCUUCAAUGGUGUCUUCCUCAAGGUUAACAAGGCAACCAUUAACAUGCUCCGCAGGGUGGAGCCAUAUGUUGCAUAUGGGUAA